GAAAAGAAAAGAAAAGAAAUAGAGGCAAGCAGAUUGUAUUGUAUGCAUUAAGGUGUAGAGUAGCGCGGCGCAGCUCAGUCUUCCGUCUGUCUAGUGUCUCUCUACAGCCGAGAUAACCUAUAUCGAAACCCUAAUUCACUCGCUAAGAAUCUCCCAGUCCACAAAACCCUAGCUCCCUCUCUUUCCUAACCAGUUCCUCUUCGCUUCAAAUACCCCAUUCCUUUCAAUAUUAUUCAUCGCAAUAAUAACAAUAACAAUAACGUUAACAUUAACAAUAUUAUUCAUCGCAAUAAUAACAAUAACAAUAACAAUAAGUCUGCCAACAGCUUCUAUUGCCAGCCAUGGACCUGCAGCGAGCUAUGCUGGACGAACUCAUGGGUGCAGAUCGUAAUUUGACGGAGGAACAGAGAAAAGAUUACAAAGAAAUAACAUGGGAUUCAAAAGAGGUGUGUCCUUAUUAUAUGGCCAGAUUUUGUCCUCAUGACCUCUUUGUCAACACCAAAAGUGACCUCGGGCCAUGCGAUAGAAUUCAUGAUCCCAAGUUAAAAGAAGGUUUUGAAAAGUCACCAAGACACGAUAGAUAUCUACCCAAAUUUGAAGCUGAACUUGCUCAGCGUUGUGAAAAAUUGGUAAUGGACUUGGAUAGAAGAGUCAGGCGUGGACGAGAACGCCUAGCUCAAGGGGAGGAACCUAUACCUCCUCCUCCAAUGUCAGCUGAAAAGUCUGAACAGUUAUCAGUGGUGGAGGAGAAAAUAAAGAACCUCCUAGUGCAAGUGGAGUCUCUUGGUGAAGCUGGAAAGGUUGAUGAAGCUCAAGCUCUUAUGAAAAAGGUGGAUGAACUCAAUGCUGAGAAGGCCUUGAUUCAGCUCCAAAGUGAUAAAGUGUUGAUGAUUCCACAGGAAAAAAAGAUGGCCUUGUGUGAGAUUUGUGGUUCAUUUCUGGUAGCAAAUGAUGCUGCAGAAAGGACUCAGUCUCAUGUUGUAGGGAAGCAGCACAUAGGUUAUGGCAUGGUCCGAGAUUUCAUCACAGAGUACAAGGCGGCUAAGGAGAAGGCAAAGGAAGAUGAGAGACUAGCUAGGGAGAAAGAAGCUGAAGAACGGAGGAAGCUGAGGGAGAAGGAAUAUGAGAGGCGAAGGAGUGGUUCAAAUGAUAGGGAUAGGUCUCAUGAUAGAGAUCGAGACAGGGAGAGUCACCGCUUCCAGGAACGUGAACGCGGUCGUGAAAGGUCGCGGGAGUGGAAUGGCAGAGGUAGUGGGGAUGGAGGAAAAAGGAUGGACUGGAGGUCGAGGAACGGAAGAGAUAGCGGCAGGGAUAAGUAUCGUGAAUGGAGUAGGUCACGCUCGCCUGUCAGACAUGGUCACAAAAGAUCCUCUAGAAGUCCAUACUAAGUGGAUGUGUAGAUAGAUAUCAAGCUUUUAAAUAAUAUGAGCUUUGUUGAGACUAUACCUCUCAUUCACCAGUGUUAUAGAGGAGAAAAUGGUUGAGGUAGGUAUGACUUGUUAUUGUUGUAAGCCUUUUAUGUUCCUCUCAGGCUUUGGCUGAACUGAAUUUCUUUUACGCUAUUGUCUAUGGAAUACUGCUGCUGAUAGGGAUGGUGGUUUUAUGUCUCAAUUUCGAGGUAACACAUUAAUAUUUCUGUCAUCCCCAAGUGAUAGGUUGAGUGCCCUUGCUUAUUGAUAGGUUUAUUUUGAGUUCAAGUUGAUGCAAUUUUGCUUGGUACCACGGCUUCAUUAAACAGUGAUCUAAAUUCCAAUAUCUACUGUAAUUAACCAUGUACAAAUUAAAAUGAUUUUACAGGGUCAGCACGCAUGUUCUUCAUAACAUUAAUAUGAUCUCAAUGUAGCAAUGUUACAAUGUUGACAAUCUACGAGGUAGGAAUGCUCAUUCCUUUACCGCCUUCUUGAACCCAUUGGGUGGAAACUUCAAUCUGAGAUGGUGCAUAGGUUGUACACAGGAAUAGGCUGUUGUUAAGACCACUAAACAUUAUGUUUAUGAGGGGAGUAGUUGCGAAAGCUUUAUAAUUUAUCUUCAUGCAGAAAUGGAUCUUCUCUUUUAAAGAAUGUAGGGUACUGUGGAGUCAAAUUUUCAAACCCAGGGUUAAACAUUUAUAGGUAACUACUCUUUGCAGACUGUUUUCAUAGCUUCUUAGCUGUCUCUUUAAAGCAGAAUUGCUUUAAUAGUGUAUUUUACUAGAUUUAAAUCUACUUCAGUUGCCUGGGAUGAAGGUUACGCCGCAUUGCAAAACCUGUGACUUGCAAUAUGUGUCCGGAGGUAUAUGAUUUAAAUUUGAGGUUUUAAAAUAUGUAGCUUUUAAGGAAUUUCAGGCACUGGGCUACCAUUCUUUCAGGGAAAGGUAACUAAUUAAUCUUGUUUUUCCUUUUAAGAUAAUAUAGUACAAAAAUAAUAUAGUUUUUUAGUUUUUGCCCUUUAAUUCUUGAUGGUGUACAUCUUUAACAUGCUAGUUCCAUGGAAACGAGAAAUGUGACACUGACAUGGUCAUACUAGAUAUUUUAAAAAAAAAAAUUAGAAAACGGAACAUGUAUAUAUUUUAGUAAUUCAAUCUCAAAUCUUAUUUAAAUAAAAUAAGUCAUCUAAUAUUUAUAAGUCAUGUCAACAUUCUUGAAUAAAAUCUAAUUAAGCAAUAAUUAUUUUAUCUAUUCCAGAUUUUCUGUUGCAUCAUCAUCAAUAUAAUAGGUAAACGGAGCAGGGUAUAUUAUGUAUUAUCAUCAAUAUAUAGAAAAAAAAGAAAAGUCAUUUAUAUAUAUAUAUAUAUAUAUAUAUAUAUAUAAUUGACUAUGUAUAUAUGAUAAAUAUCGUAUGGAAAACAAUGUUGUCUGAGAAAGCCAAAGUAGGAAGGCAAAUAAAUGGGAAUAAGUUUCGAAAUCCUUCUCAAAUUAGGAAAUUAGUAAAAGUUUCUUUAAAAAGUUUUUUUUUUUUUUUUUAAAUAUUCAGAAAUAAAUAAAAAAAUAUUGGGAACUUGUUAUUCUUUUGAAGUUGUAGAGAAGUGUUGGAAGAGUUGAUGAAGAAUUUAGGCAUGCGGAGGUAAAUGCAAAUUUGAAAAUGUAAAUGAAUAGUUUGUUUUGAAUUGUAGUUUGCAGGAAAGGCAAGUUAUUUGGUACUUAAAUGGCAUAGUUGCUUCCGGUGUUUGAAAUAAGCCAUUAUUUGUGCAGGUAAAACAUUUUCAAAUUGAAAGCUACAAGAGUUAUGUCUUUAAUUGACAACCGUAUAUGUAAGAGCUGUUUGCGUUUGGUAUUAUUGUUUUGGGCUGGAGCUGUUCUAAAGUUGCCAUGUUAUUUCUGUAAUGCAAUACCAUAGGCUUUUUUUUAUGAUUAUAACAAUCUCCGUUCAUCUAUCUCACCGUUUAAUUGAUUAAGACUUUUACCUUCA